GGCAGGGAACUAGCACACGCCGCAGCCAGAAGAGCCCGAGCCUCGGACAGGGACAGAGGCCGACACAGAGACCCACAGAGACCCAGAGCCUGCCUCUGCAUCGGACCCCCCCUGCCCCAUCCCUCCCCUGCAGCCGCCCGGGAGACCCUCCCUCCUUUGCCCACAGGCAACAUGCUGGAUUCAGUGAGUAGCCAGUACAGCUCCUUCCUCUUCUGGAGAGCCCCCAUCCCGGAGCUGGACGUGUCCGAGCUGCAGGGUCUGGGCCUGUCCGACCUCACAGUUUACGAGGUCAGAGGUGGUGGGGGCAAGCUGGGCGGGGCCGGGCGCGAGGACCCCUCCGAGGACGACGCCCUCCUGCCCUUCAACGCCUUCAACUUCUGGAGGGUGCCCAUCGCCGACGUCCACGCCUUUGAGUUGGACUUGAUCUAAUGGCAGAGCCCUCCCUCUCCCCAUCCACCCCCCCUCACCCCCGCCCCCUCUGCCCUCUGUCGAGGUUCGGGCUGUGGAGCAGCCAGGCGUUUAUUUCAUUUAUUUAUUUAUUUAUUUAUUUGUGAGCUUGCCCCUCCUUUUUAUUUAUUAAGUUAUUGUUCUUAUUAUUAUUGCUGCUUUCCCUAUCCUCGCCACCCACUCCUCAUGAUGCCAUUUCGGCCACUCAAAGGGAAUCCACCAGUUUUUGGGUAGGGGGGAGCAAGAGGUCAGGCCAGGUCUGAGAGCUGGGACCACCUCCAGGAUCCCUCCCUCCCUUCCUCCACCCCCACCGAUCUUCCUCUUUUUCCCAAGUUUUAUCCCAGCAGAGGAGCUGGCUGUCAGUGAGGGAAGAAAAUUGAAUCUAAAGAGCAGAACUAGCCGGGAGGGCGGGGGGAAGGAGGACAGAGAGACCUGGUGACAUUCUGCACCCCGACCUAGGCCAGUGUUGCAGAUACCUCACAGGCCAAAAAGCCCAGAGGGGAGAGUGAACUGCCUUUUUUUAUAAAAAAAAAAAUUCAGGUCUUCUUGGCAAGGUGUUUUAUGCUCCAGCAAGCCUCCCAUUUGAGCCAAAACAGACUCACUAAUGUCCCAAGGGGUGGCUCUUUCUGGAUUCUGGAUCCGUUCAGCUGUCACGGUCCCGCCCCUUUCCGAAGGCGGCCCGACUGUCCAAACGAAUCGAAAAGCGGUGGGCUGAUGACAGUCGGCGAGCCAAACUGGGUUGGGGGGCUCCGGGAGACCCAAGACAGGAAAUGCUUCUCCCCUUUUCCCCCUAGGAGGGGAUAGGGGAAGGUCAGCUCCUGAAAUCAACCCUUGCUGGAAAGUUGAGCAACUGAAUUUAUCAGAGAUGAGUCGGGGGAGGUCGGGGUUGGGGGAGAUUAGGGGUUGGUCCGUGGAUGAGCCGCCCACAGUGGGCCACUUGAGGGAGAGUUGGGGAUGGAUGGAAGCCGGAAAAGAUAGAGAGGUUGGAUGGUCCAAGAGGGCAUCCAUCACACAGUUCCUCCAGACAUCCUGUUGACCCGGGCUGAAGUGGAACCGGGGUCUGGAUGGACUGUUGGUCUAUUGUUAUAAUUAUUAAUAAUGCUAUGGCAUUAAGGGAUUUCCUUACUCAGCGCUGAGGCAAAUUCAAGAUUAAUCAGGUUGGACCCGAUCCCGGUCCCACACGGGUCUUACGGUCUAAGAAGGGGAGAGUGGAAUGUUUCUCCAUCUUUCCAGAACCCAGAUUGGUGAAAUGACUUGCCUGAGGUUCCCACCAAAUCACCCUGGAUUUCACCCAAAGAAUGUACAGUUUCCAUCCUCACUCUCUCUGGUUGGGUGUGCGUGUCACCUCAGAGCUAGGGGUUCUCGGCUGAGUUUGACGGAUGGGCUGAGGAGAGGAGUGGGGAGUGUUUAUCACCUUUCUUCUGAAGAAAAACCAUCUCAACAGAAUCCUGCCAGAGAAAGAGUCGAUCAGUGGUAUUUUUUUUUUAUUUUAAAUGGUAUUUGUUAAGUGCUUACUGUGUGUCAAACACUGUUCUAAG